AUGGCGAGCUCCGACGCCGCGCAGACCGACCCUCUACUCGCACUCAAACGAGCUCUGAGCUCGUCCUCCAGCGGCCCCGUGCUGACAAGCUCACCCGAACUAUCGACGGAGCAUGCAACAGAUGACAUCUCCAAGGCGACACACCUGUACCUGACACAGCCGAUAGCACAGAGCAUACCGCUCUCGACGCCGACGCGGUUCGUCUCGGCGGCGGCAAACCAGGCCAUUGACCUACGAAGCAUUUACUUUGCGUGGCUGAAGAAAGACGUGGCUAUACCGGAGUACAUUGCAUCAGCGCAGGAAGUGAACGAUACGUUGGGCUCAGCGGGAAGGGUGCUGAAUCUGGUGUUUGUGGAGAAAGUUGACUUGAUCAGUUGGCUGGAGGGAGCGUCUGACGAGAGCGAGUAUAUCAAGCCGCUUGAAGGGAAAGAGGCAGGGGAAGCAGUGGGCGAGGCUGGCGGCGCUGCUGCUCCGGCUGGUCCUGCAGCUGGAUCCGCGAAAGAGGCAGAUGUAGCUGCGUCAAGCGUGCCGGCCAAAGCAUCUGCUGGAGGCGUUGGAGCCGGACCUGCCACAAGCCGGGCCGGCAAGAGCGUUGAUGCGCGGCUACAAGCUAUAUAUAACGGCGAGCGCAAGCUGGGAGACAGAAACACGGUGCUACGAGGCAUCAAGCCAACGGACUUCUCACAUAUUCGCAAGACAGCCGAGCUGUUCCUGGGCCGCAACAGGAGCCGGGCCGCCGUGUCGUCGAAGGGCGGCAAACCCACACCCACGCCGGGACCAGGCAGUAUCCCGAAAAAGCCACUUGACCCAACAGCCACGCCCUCGGGGACAUCCUCUGCCUCGUCCUCCUCCCGCCGACCCAACCCCAUUAUCCUGGUGUCGCCAUCCGCUUCCUCCCUACUACGCAUGUCGAAUAUCAAAACCUUCCUAACAGAAGGCAUCUACAUCCCGCCCGACCACCCUUCGCUCGCCAAAUCCACCAACUCCAACCUGCUGCACCUCUCGCGCGCACUACAGACGAUACCAGACACUUCUCGGUCUGCCACGGCGCCUGCCGGUGCAGGUGUAGCUGCCGGAGCCGCCAACACGCUCCGCAAACCCACGCUGUUCAUUCUGGUCGAUAGCACCGCGGACUUCAAGCCGGAUUACUGGAACCGCGUGGUAGCUGUGUUCACGACGGGCCAGACAUGGCAGUUCAAGUCGUACAAGUGGUCGACGCCGCAGGAGCUGUUCAAGCAUGCGACGGGCAUUCACGUCGGAUGGCGAGGCGAGGAGCCGCCGCGUGAGGUCAAGGGGUGGGGGAGAGGGGUGCGCAGCUUCGCGAUCGACCGGUGGGAUGAGAAGAGCGCAAAUGUCCCUGGGGGAGGGGCGAGAUGGAGAGACCGUGGCGUGGUGGAGGGUAUCUGGUCUGCGAUUGAAGAGGGCAUGAGGGCUCGAGGGUGGCAGGCAGGCAAGUAGACAAGUUGAAGUCGGGUUUAGAGCUUAUUAUUGUAUCUUUAUUAUUCGUUGUACCUGUUCCUUGUUCCGGUGGGGGUUUGUACCUUACUUUUCCAUCUGCUAUUAUCUCAUCAUAGAAGCCCGUCUGGUAGCUAUAGCGGAUCUAAUAUACC